CCACAUUCCUCUCGGUCAUUUCGUCUUCAGAUUUCUAUCGACUUACAUCGGUGGCUUUGUUUUCGAAUUUGCCACGUGCUCCGUUUCUCGAGUUCUUCAUUAGUCAAGAAAUAAACAAGUUUUCGAGGCGAUUAUUCUUCGGAUUUUUGAAGUUAUAAGUGAAAAUUAAGAGAAAUGGCAGACUAUGUCAUCGGUGACGAGAGGCCAGCCGACGUCCCGCUUCCCGAUGACGGUCUCUCAGCGGCGCAGCUUUUCACCAAUGGAGACGGAUUAACUUACAAUGAUUUUAUUAUCCUGCCCGGUUAUAUCCAUUUUACCGCAGACGAAGUGGACCUUCAUACACAUUUGACCAAGGAGAUCGUCCUCAAAGCUCCUCUGGUCUCCUCUCCGAUGGACACUGUCACAGAAUCCGACAUGGCCAUCGCCAUGGCUCUUUGUGGUGGCAUUGGCAUUAUUCAUCAUAAUUGUUCGCCCGAAUAUCAGGCGAAUGAAGUUCACAAGGUGAAAAAAUACAAGCACGGCUUCAUCAGGGAUCCAGUCGUGCUCUCGCCCAACCAUACGGUUGGUGACAUCCUGAGAGUAAAAGCUGAGCACGGAUUCUGUGGCGUUCCAAUUACCGAAAAUGGGAAAAUCGGUGGCAAACUGUUAGGAAUCGUAACCUCGAGAGACAUCGACUUCCUCGAAUCAACAAGCCAGCACAAUUCGAAACUCGAUACAAUAAUGACUAAACUCGAUAACCUAGUCACUGCCAAGGCAGGUGUGACUCUCACAGAAGCUAAUACGAUCCUCGAAAAAUCGAAAAAGGGAAAACUACCAAUAGUUGAUGACAAAGGUCACUUUGUUUCUCUCAUGGCAAGAACCGAUUUGAAAAAGAAUCGGAGUUAUCCAAAUGCCAGUAAGGAUGAGAACAAACAACUUCUAGUGGGUGCAGCGAUUGGAACCCGUGAGCAAGAUAAAGAGAGACUCCAACUUCUAGCAAACGCUGGGGUCGAUGUGGUUGUCCUCGACUCAUCCCAGGGAAAUUCCAAAUUCCAGAUUGGAAUGAUCCGCUUCAUUAAAUCCGAAUAUCCCCAACUCCAAGUAAUAGGAGGCAAUGUGGUGACCACCAGGCAAGCAAAGAAUCUCAUUGAAGCUGGUGUCGAUGGAUUGCGAGUAGGUAUGGGUUCAGGGUCGAUCUGCAUCACCCAGGAAGUUAUGGCGGUUGGAAGACCCCAGGCCACGGCAGUUUAUAAAGUUUCAGAGUACGCCAGAAGAUUCGGAGUUCCUGUCAUCGCCGACGGUGGAAUUCAAACAAUUGGUCAUAUUAUAAAAGGCCUGAGUUUGGGUGCUAGCACUGUUAUGAUGGGAUCGCUUCUCGCAGGAACCUCCGAAGCUCCAGGUGAAUAUUUCUUCAGUGAUGGAGUUAGAUUAAAGAAGUACAGAGGAAUGGGAUCUAUCGAAGCCAUGGACAGAAAAGAUGCAAAGGGUUCAGCGAUGGACCGAUAUUUUCACAACGAACAGGAUAAGUUUAAAGUUGCCCAGGGAGUCAGCGGAUCCAUCGUUGACAAGGGCACUGUACUUAAAUUCCUGCCCUACCUUCAAUGUGGAAUUAAGCAUGGAUGCCAGGACAUUGGAGUUAAGACGAUUUCUUCUCUGAGAUCGAUGAUGUACAGUGGGGAACUUAAGUUCGAGAGAAGAUCCAACUCAGCUCAGCAGGAAGGAAAUGUACAUAGUUUAUUCAACUAUGAGAAGAGACUUUAUUAAUUCAAGAGAACUUCGAGUAUUCGCGAAAGUACCUGCAUUUAUUGCGAACCCUUAAUGUGUACACGCAAUCCUGACAAUAGACUGGUAGAUGAGUAUUGUCUCGAACGCUGAUUGCAAAGUCGGGGCCUAUUUUAAAUGAUCUAUUAGAGUUUCGAUUAGUUUUGUGUAAUUGUGAAGUUUUAUAUAUUGACGUGCUUGAAGAGAAAGGAUCUUUAUUAAUAUUGUAUUUUAGCAGACUUUGCCGUUCGAGACUUUGCGCAGAAACCAGUGAUCUCUCGCUGAUUUGGAAUUCACGUUUUCUAGAAUUUUUUAGAUGAUCGGUUUUCAGGGUGUCGGCAGGACCGGGAAACUUUGGAAAUUCCUGUCAGGAAUUUUUUAUUUUAUAAUAAAUUGUGAAAGCAAGCAGUUGAAAAUACGACACUCUAGUUAUAAAUUUGAUUAUUAUCAAACUUAAUUUUAUCAAACGGGAUCUCUAAUUCUCAGCGAACAAGAAAAACAAUAUCGCCACCGCCUGGCAAAAUAGAAAUCAUAAAAAAUGGAUAAAUUUUUUGAUACUGAUAAUAGGGCGAAGGUUUUUUUUUGUAUAAAAUCCUCAUCCCUAAAGUGAGAUAAGAAAAUUUCUUGUCUUCAUAUGUUGGUCUGUAUGUACUUACAUAAAGCUACCUGUGAACCUGAGAUAAGUAUAUGUAGUAUCGAGUAGCGAAAUCGAAUAGGAGAAUUGGCUAAGAGUACACGGUUGAUCAGGUCUGAUUUUAAACCGUGAGAAGAGAAAUUUGCAUGGGAAUUAAUCCAAAUUUCAAAUUGCGGGAACACAAUUUUUAGGUUUACCUCCGUUUUUUUUUUUUCUUUUUUUACUGUACUUCACUGAAGGAUAUUAAUACGCAAAAGUAAUAAUUGUAUAUAUCUUCAAUGUCGAUUGAGGAUUGCAAUGUUGUUUGCAAUGCAUAAUUUACGAAGGCCUUUUUAAUACCAAUUUUGUAUAUAUUAGCGAAAGUUGAUUUGACACCUUCCGUCUUUUUAAAUAUUAUCAUAUAAUAUUCUGAGGGAACUAUUUAUCAAAUCAGCGCAUUUGGACUGUAAAGAGUCUCUACGAAGAACAAUAAAUUAUAAAUGUGUUCUUGAUGUCAUUCCUGUAUGGUACUAAAGUAAGUGAAUUGCUUUGUGCAUUGUAGUGGAUUGUAAACUUAAUUUUAAUUUAAAUUAUAUCUUUUCUAUUUGAAGCAAAUUUGCGUUCUUGUAAGUUACAUUGACUAGUCAUGUAAGUCAGUUAUGGAUUAUUUGAACUGCAAACUUGCCGCAAUUUUUUUUAAAGCUUUGAUCAUUAAUUAGAAUGAGAUUACAAUUACUCAAAAGAGAUGAAUGUCAAAUCUUCGUAGAACCGCGUCUGUGAUUUUUCUAAGUGAAUAUCAAUUUUAUAAUUUAAUAUUCCAAUUAGGUCUACUACAAGUAGAUUAAAACAAUUAUUAGCCAAUAUACAUAUAUUUUUUACAGAUAAAAAUAUCAUGUGAAACAAAGCGUCUGAAAUAAACAUGUUCUUGGUGUUAUAUCGAAA